AUGAAUUUAGAAUAAAUAUAAAAAGAACUUGAUUCCAUAAAUAGAUAAACUAAGAUUAUUAAUUUGUAGUGUAAAUUAUAUACUGCCUAUCAUUCAUUUAUGUAUAGAUUUAUGAAUAAGGAUAAGUAAGAAAUUAAUAUUAAUUUUAGUUUCAAAGUUUACACAUUUAGAAAUCAUUAUGGAUCUUAUAUGGCAUUAGGAAUGGCAAUCCAUAAUACUUAUCAUCUAAAAUAAUCUAUUCUAAAAUAAUGUAUUCAUUUAACAAAAUCUAAAAAUCCUACAAUCAUAAAAUUAGCAGCAAUACCUAUAACUACAGUUUAUUUUGGAGUCUUAUUUGGAUUAUGGCAUAUUCCUUCAUUUACUGGAGAAUUAGCUAUAAGAAUAUACUUUGGUAUGCAAUCUGCUGUUUUUGAUUUUUUAGUAGAUAAAGAAUCAACAUUUUAAGAUAUCCCUUUGCGAUCAAUAAUAAAAUGA